UUGACAUUACUAACUUUUUGACAGAUAUUCACUUUUCUACUUUAGUUAUUGUUAUUAUGAAGAUUAUUUUAUAAACAAUAAUGAAAAACUAUUUGUUUAUUUUACAAUGCAAAAGCUGACAAAUGAUAACUGGAUUAUAAGAAAAAAAUUGCGACUUCUCCAAAAAAGAGCUGUGGAAAAAGGCUUGGAUGGAGAAUUCUUAAAACAGUAUAAUUACAUAUGUAAUUUAAAUAAUGAGACUGUAAUAAAGGGAACACGUAGAAAGUUAAUAAUAGCAUUGGUGACAAUCUUUAUAUUACUAGCGAUUUGUGGCAGCUUCUCAAACAAUAUUAUAAGCUCAAGAUGUUUGUUACCUAGUAAUUACUUGGUUUGGGAGGCGUCGCGGCCCAUGGCAGAUUGUACCUACUGUGAGAAUGUUAUGAAACCAAUUAUAUUAUGGAACAUUACACGUCAGAAUUUUGCUAAAUAUUCAUAUUCAUCUAAACCUAUUAUAGUCAAGAAUGCAAUCACACAUUGGAAAGCAACUAAAGAGUUUAAUUUUAAUACAUUUAAAAGACUUUACCAAGAAACUACAGGAAGUUAUGAGAGUCUUGAAGAUGGGUGUCAAUUUCUAAACUUUAAAACAGAUUUAUUCACAUUAAAGGAAGUAUUUGAUAUGCCAGAGGCUCGAGUGAGAAAUGAACCGGGGCAAAAGCCUUGGUAUGUGGGAUGGGGCAAUUGUCAUCCUGAUAUAUUAGCAAAAGUUAGACAGUAUUAUAGUAAUCCAGAGUUUUUACCUGAUGAUGCUGAGUUUCCAGCCACAGAAAAUAUAUUUUUUGGAUAUGAAAUAGGAGCAGUAAUGCAUCUGGAUUAUAUACCAAGACUGAUGUGGCAAGGACAAGUACAAGGGAAUAAAAUAUGGUCAGUAGCACCCGUGCCAGAGUGUAAUCAUGUGUGCCAAAAAUUUCAGUAUUUUGUGGAACCUGGGGAUGUUGUUCUACUGGAUACACGGGUUUGGUAUCAUGCGACAACAAUACCAAAAGGAGAAUUUUCUUUAACAGUACAAUCAGAAUAUGGAUAAGUUUAUUGGUUUAAUUUACUUUUUUUAGUACAAACUUGUUUACAUAUCAAGAUGCCAAAUUUAUACUAUGUCUUUAUUUAUACACUAUUUUUACUAUUUAUUACUUUUACUAUUUGAUUAUGUGCCAUUUUCUGUAGUGUGACUACUUUAGCUUUAAACAUGCAAUAUUAUUUUUUCAAUUUGAUUAUUUCCUUAUUUUAUAAGUGAAUAAAUUUUUUAUAACCUU